AUGGAAAAGAAUAUUUCGAAGAAGCGAAAGUUUGUUGCUCACGGAGUCUUCAAAGCUGAGUUGAAUGAAUUUUUGACGCGAGAAUUGGCUGAAGAUGGUUACUCAGGGGUAGAGGUCCGAGUUACACCUAUCAGGACUGAAAUCAUUAUUCUGGCUACACGAACGCAGAGCGUUCUUGGUCCUAAGGGACGCAGAAUUAAGGAGCUUACUGCCCUUGUGCAGAAACGAUUUGGAUUCCCAGAGAACACUGUUGAGCUCUACGUUGAGCGAGUUGUCGAUCGUGGACUCUGCGCUAUUGCACAAGCAGAAUCCUUGAGAUACAAACUACUGAAUGGCCUGGCAGUGCGACGAGCAUGCUAUGGUGUCUUGCGAUUCAUCAUGGAGUCUGGCGCAAAGGGCGUAGAAAUUGUUGUGAGCGGCAAGCUUCGAGGACAGCGUGCAAAGGCGAUGAAAUUCGUAGACGGAUUCAUGAUCCAUUCAGGCAGCCCAGUCCAGGAUUAUGUUGACUUCGCGGUACGUCACGUAGAAAUGAGACAAGGAAUCCUAGGAAUCAAAGUGAAAGUCAUGCACUCUUUCGACGAAACUGGAAAGAAGGGACCCAGAACUCGACUUCCAGACGUUAUCCACAUCAUCGAGCCGAAGGACGAAGUCGACCCAAAAGAGCCUUGGUCUGAGAACAAGACACCGAAACCACCACAGGCACCUCAAGCGAUGGCAGCACCUUUUCCGGCAUAA